UGGGCUUGUCCGGCUCGCCGCUCUCGGCACGCCUGGCCGCUCUGUCCGGCCGUCUGUCUGUCUGCGGGAGCGCUCCAGGUGCGGCCGCACGCACCAUGUGCGCCCAGGCGCUGCUGGGGCUGGUGGUGCUGCUGCUGGUCCCCUCGCCGCCGGCCGCUCACCCCGCGCCGCCGCUGCUGAUGAGGCAACGUGUGAUUUUCCCCGUGUAUGUCCUGGAAGUCCCGACCUUUGUGUGCUCCAGCGCAUGGAGCGGUUUGGGUGGUCCUUCUUCGUGCUGGCUGUCCCGGACUGAGUCAGAGCUCAGGUGCCGCGUCCCCGGGGGAAAGCUGUGCAGUGACCGAGGCAGAUGCGAGUGUGGAGUCUGCAUCUGCCAAGUGACUGAGUCUGGCAAAUACUACGGUCCGCUCUGCGAGUGCCACGACUGGGUGUGCGAGAUCUAUGAUGGGAAGAUCUGUGCGGGCCAUGGGAAGUGUGAUUGUGGGAAGUGCAAAUGUGAUGAAGGCUGGUAUGGUGAAGCUUGUCAGUAUCCAACUACUUGCAAUCUUACACGGAAGAAAAGCAAUGAAAUGUGCAAGAAUUCUCAAGAUAUCAUCUGUUCUGGUGCAGGCACAUGUCAGUGUGGCAGGUGUAAAUGUGCAAACUCAGAAGGAAAUGGACUGGUCUAUGGUAAAUUUUGUGAAUGUGAUGAUAGAGAAUGCCUAGAUGAUGAGACGGAAGAGGUUUGUACAGGCCAUGGAAAGUGUUACUGUGGAAACUGUUACUGUGAGGCUGGUUGGCAUGGAGAUAAAUGUGAAUUCCAGUGUGACAUCACCCCCUGGGAGAUCAAGAAAAGAUGCACAUCUCCAGAUGGCAAAAUCUGCAGCAACAGAGGCACAUGUGUAUGUGGGGAAUGCACAUGCCAUGAUGUGGACCCAACUGGUGACUGGGGAGAUAUUCAUGGAGAUACUUGUGAGUGUGAUGAAAGAAACUGCAAAGCAGUAUAUGAUAGAUAUUCUGAUGACUUCUGUUCAGGUCAUGGACAGUGUAACUGUGGAAUGUGUGACUGUAAAGAAGGAUGGACUGGGAAGAAGUGUGAACAUCCACGUUCUUGUCCAUUAUCAGCUGAGGAAAGUGCUAAGAAAUGCCAAGGAAAUUCUAAUUUACCCUGCUCUGGAAGAGGGAGAUGUGAAUGUGGCCAAUGCACUUGUUUCCCUCCCGGAGACAACAGAGUUCAUGGCAAAAACUGUGAAUGCGAUGAUCGACAGUGUGAAAAUAUGGACGGCAAUGUCUGUGGGGGCCGUGGUAUUUGCUCAUGUGGCCGAUGCAUUUGCCAGGAUGGGUGGUUUGGAAAGUUGUGCCAGCAUUCAAGGAAGUGCAACAUGACGGAGGAGGAGAGCAGAAGUCUCUGCGAGUCAGCGGAUGGCAUAUUAUGCUCGGGGAAGGGUUCCUGCCACUGUGGAAAGUGCAUCUGUUCACCACAGGAGUGGUACAUUUCGGGCGAUUUCUGUGAAUGCGAUGACAGAGAUUGUGACAAACAUGAUGGUCUCAUUUGCACAGGCAAUGGUGUUUGUAGCUGUGGAAACUGUGAGUGCUGGGAAGGAUGGAAUGGAAAUGCUUGUGAAAUCUGGUUGGGGAGAGAAUACCCUUAACAAAGGACAUAAAAGACUGAGGAGGUUUUUUUGGUUGUUAUUCUUUAGGCUGCUAGAACAUUUAAUUUCAGAAGUACUCAGUGUAUGGGUGUGGGUGUGCGUGCACACACACGUAUAUGGGUGCAAAUACUUUAGAACACGCAUUUGAGGGACUGCUCCUUAAAGAAAAGCAUGACAAAACCAAACGAAAAAAAAAUAAAAUGUCUUGGGAGCAGGACAGUCCAAGUUCUAAAAGAUGAAGUCAUAAAAUACUGGCCCUCUGGAACUUCUCCAGAGUUUUUUGGUAAAUUCAGUGGGACUGAGAUUACACCCAUAAUGCCUAUUUUCUAAGCAAUCUUUGAAAACAGUGUAAGAAAGCCUUUUUUUAAGCAUUAUUUACUUGGUUGUCACCUCUCCAUAUCAGUAUGCAACAAUACUCCUGUAGAAAAGUAGCACUAGUUGAAUGUUUGGCAAAUAAUUAAUUUGAUCCAUUUUUCAGUGUUUGACAAAUACAUUGUUUGCCCUUUUUUCUUUGUAACGAUCCUGAUUAUGCACCAGCUCAUAAACUGAGAGAAGCCGUAAAGAAGCUUAUAACAAAAACUAUUGAUUUUUCAUUUGGUCAGAGCAUAGUAUUUGUAUAACUGAGGUCCAAUUACCUGAAAACUGUUUGAAUAGACCCUUGUCCACAAGAGAACUUGGUUUCUGUGGUUAAUGUGUCAGUAAGUUGGUUAUCUAGUCUACAUGUUACGAUACUUUCAAAUGCAUAACCUAUAGGAGUAUAAGGAAUGAAACUAAUAAAGGUACAAAUGUAUGAUUACCUGUUCUGAAUAUGUAUCCUGCAACUCAUAUGUACUUUUAUCAUAGUUUUCUAUAUAUGUACAGCUGCUUAGUCCUCUUAAAAGUAAAGCAAAUGAAAAUUUGUUACACUAAUAACUUUUAGGAUGACAAUUCUGUAUGCUAUUAGAAAUCACUGUUUGGAACAGAUUGCACUGUCACACACAGUAUUCAUUGAAUUUAACUGCUUUUAUAGAAAUAGGGAGCCUGAAGGUCAACUGACUUGAAAAAUCAGCUGUGCUAUGCAGUAGCCUGGUCUCAGCCAAACAUGUUCAGAAAAUGGCAACAAAGUAAUUAAAGUUUUAAUACAGUAAAUACAAACAAAGCCGUGGUAUGAACAAAAAUUUUAUUUUUAUUUUCCAAUGGUGAAAUGCUGCUCAGUGUGAAAUUCACAUUGAGUUAUGAAUGAUGCACAACUAUUGGGACUUCCCUAACUUAUUUACAUAUGAGUCUCUUGUUUUUUUGUACAUGUAGAUUUGGCAGCCCUUGAAUUCUUUAGAGCAAAAAAAGAUACAUACAUUUUAGUUUCAAAAGUGUUUACAUUUUGUGAAACCAUGACUGAGAAAUUGCUUAAAUGGCUGGAAAAUAUUUCUUUUUAAUACCAAACUGUAACACUGUGGUUUAGGUGCCAAGGUCCUGAUUUUUGAAGAGGUACAUGACUCAGAAAUAAGGGAACUAUAUAUCAAAAAAAAAAAAAAAAAAGUAUUUCCAUUGUUGGUCUAGAAACUAGUUUUCAUUUAGAAAGGACAAUUUUGAAAUAGGAAAAAUACAAUGUUACAGUACAUGUAAUAGAAUGCA